GAAGGCCGGGCGAGCACGGCGUGGGGGCGCUCGGAGCGGGGACGAGCGGAGCAGCGGGCGGCAAGGAGGGAGAAGGCCGAGGAGUCUGCGGCGCCAGGGGCGCAGGGGGUUGAGGUUUCGGCAGAGGGUCACCAAGGGCCUCUCGGAUUGCCCACUCAAGCCUACGCACUCUCUUUGGUAGUCCAGCCCAUCAUCUCUGCCGCCCCGGGAAGACUCUCCAGGGACUGCCUUUGUGAUGGUGGCAUCUUCAGAAGGACGACGAAAGGGAAAUAACAUUUCUCAAAAGACCACUGUUCGCUCCCAGGACCCUGGACAGCGGCGGGUGCUCGACCGGGCUGCCAGACAGCGCCGCAUCAACAGGCAGCUCGAGGCCUUGGAGAAUGACAACUUCCAGGACGACCCCCAUGCAGGACUCCCCCAGCUCGGCAAAAGGCUGCCUCAGUUUGAUGAUGAUGCAGACACCGGAAAGAAAAAGAAGAAAACUCGAGGCGAUCAUUUUAAACUUCGCUUCCGAAAGAACUUUCAGGCCUUGCUAGAGGAGCAGAACCUGAGUGUGGCCGAGGGCCCCAACUAUCUGACAGCCUGUGCGGGUCCCCCCUCCCGGCCUCAGCGGCCCUUCUGUGCCGUCUGCGGCUUCCCCUCCCCGUACACCUGCGUCAGCUGUGGCGCCCGAUACUGCACGGUGCGCUGUCUGGGCACCCACCAGGAGACCAGGUGCCUGAAGUGGACUGUGUGAGCCUGGGCGUCCCCAGAGGGGAAGGCCCUCUGCACCCCACCUCAGCCUCGGAGAAGGCUUGGCCAAGGAGAGAGGUGCUCUUCUGGACCGAGAGAGGAGCCGUUCACUCGCCCAGCAAAGCUGUGUCCUACCUGCCAGGGAAGACAGGCCUAGUCCUGGGGGCUGUUUGGGGGGAAGUGGGCUGGGCCCUCAGCGUGCUGUUGUAAUAAAAGGUGUCAUCCGAGGAGGAACCUGC